UCUGUUUUGUCAAAUGCAGUCAAAUUUGUGACAUUGUGCUGUGUUUUAGAACAAUUUGUUUGGCACAUGUAAUUUCUGACGUGGACAUUAAAACUUGAAUAAAAACUCUAGGGAGUGAAAUUAUUCUAUUGUAUCCUGUUAGUUUUAGAAGUUAAUUUUUAGGUAAAAAUGAAAUUAUAUAUCCUUAUAUCUACCCUCCUUUUAUGUCUUAUUGGAUUGACCCUUGUUAAUAGUUUGGCAGUAAUGUCUGUUGAUUUGGGAUCAGAAUGGAUGAAAAUUGGAAUAGUGUCCCCUGGUGUUCCAAUGGAAAUAGCACUUAAUAAAGAAUCCAAGCGUAAAUCACCAGCUAUUAUUAGUUUACGAGAUAAUAUUAGAUUAUUUGGUGAAGAUGCACAAACAGUCGCUGUUCGUUUUCCAAAACAAGCAUAUGGUUAUUUGUUGGACUUGUUGGGCAAAAACAUAAACCACCCCCUAGUAAAGUUAUAUCAAAAACGUUUUCCGUUCUAUGAAAUCGUAGAAGAUCCAGAGAGAGGUACUGUGCUCUUUAAACAUGAUGAUGAAACUUCUUACAGUCCUGAAGAAUUAAUUGCACAGUUACUAAAAAAAGCGAAAGAAUUUGCAGAAAAUGGUGCACAGCAACCAAUUAAGGAAUGUGUUUUGACAGUACCAGGUUUCUUCAAUCAAGUUGAAAGAAGGGCUUUGUUACAAGCUGCUGAAUUAGCUGGAUUAAAAGUAUUGCAAUUAAUAAAUGAUUACACGGCUGUUGCCUUAAAUUAUGGCAUAUUUAGAUCUAAAACUUUCAAUGAAACAUCACAGUACGUCAUGUUUUACGAUAUGGGAGCCUCUUCCACUACUGCAACUUUAGUAAGUUAUCAAACAGUUAAGACCAAAGAACGUGGUUACGUCGAAACACAUCCUCAAGCAUCUAUUCUUGGAGUUGGUUAUGAUCGUACUUUAGGAGGUCUUGAAAUACAAAUACGGUUGCGAGAUUACCUUGCCAAAAAGUUUAACGAUAUGAAAAAAACUAAAAACGAUGUUUUUAAGAAUCCCAGAGCUAUGGCUAAGUUGUUCAAAGAAGCUGGUAGAGUAAAAAAUGUAUUGUCUGCAAAUGCAGAACAUCCUGCUCAAAUCGAAGGAUUAUUAGAUGAACAAGACUUUAAAUUAAUAGUUACGAGAGAGGAAAUGGAAAAGUUAGUUCAGGAUUUAUUUGAACGUGUUAGCAAGCCCGUAGAGCAAGCUUUGAAAACUGCUCAUCUAACUAUGGACGUCAUAGGUCAAGUUGUAUUGGUCGGUGCUGGUACUAGAGUGCCAAAGGUACAAGAAUAUUUGCAAAAAGCUGUCGGACGUGAGCUUGCGAAGAAUCUAAACACUGAUGAGGCUGCCACUUUAGGUGCAGUUUACAAAGCAGCCGACUUGAGUACUGGAUUUAAAGUAGCUAAAUUUAUUACCAGAGAUGCAGUAGUUUUUCCAAUUCAAGUCACAUUUGAACGUGGCACUGAGGAAGGAAUUAAGGUGGUGAAACGCACUCUCUUUGGCUUGAUGAACCCCUAUCCACAGAAGAAAAUUAUUACAUUCAACAAGCACACUGAUGACUUCAGCUUUAAUGUUAAUUAUGCUGACUUGGAUUACCUAUCGAACGAUGAGAUCCUUUAUGUUGGCUCCACCAAUUUGUCAGAGUAUAAAUUAAGUGGUGUUGCUGAAGCUCUGAAAAAGAACACUGGGGAAAAUGUUGAGACCAAAGGUAUUAAAGCACAUUUUGCAAAGGAUGAAUCUGGCUUGCUGAAUUUGAUAAAUGUUGAGUUGGUUGUUGAAAAGACAAUUUUACCCACCGAAGAAGAAGAGGGAACCUUGUCGAAACUAGGAAGCACAUUCAGCAAACUUUUUGGUGGCGAGGAAGAAAAACCAGUUCAUGAAAAACCAGAAGAAGAACCUACAGCUGCUGAAGAAAAAUCAUCUGAUAAAGGAACGACUGACAAACAAACCGGUGAUGCCAAAGAAUCAGACAAAAAACCUAAGAAUGGAACUACAGGGAAAAAUACCACUGAACCAGAAGCUUCAAAGGAUCUAAAACCUAAAGUAGUUACCGUCAAGGAACCAAUAAAUGUUUCUGAGGAAGUACUAAUGUUGAACAUAUUAAAUAAGAAUCAGUUUGAACAAUCUAUAGAGAAAAUAAAGAAACUGGACAAAAUUGAAUAUGAAAUUAACAGACGAGCUACUGCUUUGAAUAAUCUAGAAAGUUUCGUUAUAGAAAUUCAAAACAAGUUAUACGAGGACGACUAUACUCAAGCUGGAACAAGUGAGGAAAUCGAAAAAAUAAAGGCAAUGUGCAGUGAAAUAUCUGAUUGGCUAUAUGAUGAAGGAUCUGAAGCAGACGCUGAUACAUACGAGAAAAAGCUCGAUGAGUUGCACCAGCUGACAAGGGAUCUGUUUUCAAGGGUUUGGGAACACAAAGAGAGGCCCGAAGCCCUGAAGGCAUUGCAUUCAAUGUUGAAUCACUCAUCUCAUUUCUUAAUAUCAGCCAAAAAUCUCACCAAAGAUGUAAAUCCCGAGAAAGACGUGUUUACUGAUGUCGAAAUUACCACUUUGGAGAAAUUGAUCAAUGAUACCACGGAAUGGCGAGACAAAGCCGUUAAGGAACAAAAGGAACUGAAGCCUAAUGAACCAAUUAAAUUGACGGUGAAAAUACUGAUGGAUAAAAUGGCAGCUCUAGAUCGAGAAGUGAAGUAUUUAAUUAAUAAACUUAAAAUGUGGCGGCCUAAAAAAAUAGAAAAACCUGCCGAGGACAAAACUAGCAAUGGUAGUGGGGAUAAAAAUGAAACGAACGACAAUGAGGAAAGUGUUAUAGAGGAAGUGGCUGAAGCGGAAGAAGAUACCAUAGAGGCUCCAAAAACCGAAGAAACUAUAAGUCCAACUCCUCAUGAAGAACAACCAAACGAUAGCCACACAGAACUUUAGUUUAGUGCAAUUUUUAGGUUAUAAACAAUGUAGUGCAUUUUUGGGGAAAAAUUCGUAAACUUUUGGUUUUGAUUUUAUUCAAAAUUUUUCUAUAAACCAGCUGCAUUUUAUGGUUGAGAAAGUGUUACAUUAAGUAUGCAUAAGUUAAUGUUUCUUAGAUGUGCUGAAAAGAGGAAAACAAUCCGACCUGGAAAUUCUUUAUUCUAGACCAUCUUUUGAGUAAUGUAUAUUUUACAUUACAGUUUUUUUUUAAUAAAAAUACCCAAAAAAUUCUAAAGUAUUAAUUACAUGUUUAAUAAUACGAAAGUAUAAGUAAUUUUAUCGUCGUUUUUUGCUUUACACUUAAUGAACAAUGUUCAAAAUUCUAAAUCAAAAUAAUUAGAUAUUCAAUUUAACUUUGAUUCCAUAUUUAGUAAUAAUUAUGGAGCAUGUCUUGACCAAAAAUUAAACAUUGUUACUUUGAAUUAGAUGCAGAUCCUUGUCCGUGUCUCAUAAAAAUUUCUCCUAAACAUAGCUCAAGUUGGCAGGGAUCCUACAAAUAUUGACAUUUAAUAAUUAGGUUUUUUUCAUUUGGUCCAUGGUACUAUUUUUUUUACUGCGAUAUAUAUGUAUUCAUUAGUGUCCACUGAUUACAUACUGUAAUAUUACUUAUUUUUAUAGAAAAUUCACUGAUGUAGGUAAGUAAGUUGUUUCUGUUAUUUCUUCACGUGGGUCGUCUUACUGUUAAUAUAUUUAUUUAAUAAAUGUACAUUGUGAUAUUUGUAACAUUAUUUGCAUAAUUUCGAUUUUCAGAAUAAAAAACUUAAAAUAAUUUUCAUUCCACCAUACUAUUUAUUGUGAGAUAAAUACAAAUAUAUUUAUUGUGA